AGAUCCAAAUUGAUUAAACCCAAACCGAAAAAAAUGGCAAAGUCGUCGUCGUCCUCCUCCUCGACGGCGUCGCUUCCUUCCUUAAAGCCCGACGACUACUCCCACAGCCGCGUCCACUACGCCGUCGUCUUAUCAGACCACACCACCCUGUCCCGACUCGUCUCCACCCUCCCCCGCCUCGCCGACCCCACUCAGAUCCACACCGAGUCCGACUCGCUCUCCCAGGAAAGACUCGCCGACAAGAUCUCCGCCGUCCUCGACCGCCGCGACGUCCCCCACCGCGAGACCCCUCUCCACCUCGCCGUCCGCCUCAACGACGCCGCCGCCGCCAAGAUCCUCGCCUCAGCCGGCGCCGACGCCUCCCUCCAGAACGCCGCCGGCUGGAACCCCCUCCAGGAGGCCCUCUGCCGGAGGAGCUCCGAGAUCGCGCUCGUGCUCCUAAAGCUCCACCACCGCUCCGCCUGGGCCAAGUGGCGCCGCCGCCUGCCACGUGUCAUAGCCGUGCUGCGGAGAAUGCGGGAUUUCUACAUGGAGAUCUCGUUCCACUUCGAGAGCUCCGUGAUUCCCUUCGUCGGGAAAAUCGCUCCCUCCGACACGUAUAAGAUCUGGAAGCGCGACGGUAACCUACGCGCCGACACUUCCUUAGCCGGCUUCGACGGCUUGAAAAUCCAGCGCGCCGACCAGAGCUUCCUCUUCCUCGGCGACGGCGACCAGGCUCACGACGUUCCGGAGGGAUCUUUACUCGUCCUCAACCGCGACGACCGGAAAAUCUUCGACGCGUUCGAGAACGCCGGGUCGCCGAUGACGGAGUCCGACAUCGCCGGAUUCUGCUCCCAGACGAGCGUCUACCGCCCCGGCAUGGACGUCACCAGAGCCGAGCUCGUCGGCAGGACCAAUUGGCGGCGGCAGGAAAAAUCCGAAAACGUCGGAGAGUGGAAGGCCAGAGUCUUCGAAAUGCACAAUGUAGUCUUCAGCUUCCGGUCCCGGAAAGUCGUCAACGCCGAUAAUGCUGACGUGGCGGCGGCGGGGAGCGAGCAGGUCCUCCCUCUCGAGCUGGACGAAGACGACGACGGUUUCUUAGUGGCGGAGAAUCCGAGCCUUUUCGGAGUCCCCGACGGCCGGAGACACAGUAGCUUUGUCCGCGAAGACCGAGAAUUCGUCUCGUUGGGGAGAAAAAGCGUCGACCUGACGUUUCAGCCGCCGCGGAGGUCCAUGGCCGUUACCGUUACGGCGGCGCCGGUGCAGACUAAAGAGAAAGAGUUUGUAAAGAGCUUGAGACCUUCUGUUUGGCUAACGGACCAUUUUCCGUUAAAGACGGAGGAGCUUCUGCCGUUACUGGAUAUUCUGGCGAGUAAAGUCAAGGCGGUUAGGAGAAUGAGGGAGCUGCUCACCACCAAGUUCCCGCCAGGGACAUUUCCGGUGAAGCUGGCGAUACCGGUGGUGCCCACAGUGAGAGUGGUGAUAACAUUCACCAAGUUUGUGGAGCUACAACCGACGGAGCAGUUCUUCACUCCAAUGUCGAGCCCUAGGCAGUUGGUACGGGAGCAACAGCAAGAGGAGGAGCACAAGGCCAAGUCCUCGCAGAAGACUUCUGCGACAUCGUGGCUGAGGCGGAAUAGUAGUCAGUCCGCGUCGGCCACGAGCAAGCAGCAACACCAGCAUUUUAGUGCCACGGGGUGGCAGGAGCCGGAGCCUUUUGCCAUUCCUACCGGUUAUGCGUGGACUAGUAUUGACGAUAAAUCAAGGAAGAUGAGGAAAUCGAAAUCGAUUAGGAGAUCUAAGUGACAGUAGUGUUGAUCCAAGGAGAAUUGGUAGAUAGAUUAAUGAGUUGGGUGUGUUAUGGCUGAAGUUGCAUAUAUAGAUGAUUGUAGAUAUGCCAUCAAUGCAAUUUCAGUGAUGUUCCUUUUACCUUGGGAGUUAAAGUUAUAUGGUCAGUCGAUAGAGUUGCGGCAACUUCUUACCUCCAAUGAUGUCCUGCUUCCUUUCACAACUAUUUCAGCAUGACUUGCACUAGUUUGCUUA